CCGUGAACGAUCAAUAGCACUAUUCAAGUCCAGAUUCGGUCCGUCGGAAAAGUCAGUGUGCAAAUAAGUAGGACUUUUAUAGAUGCUGCUAGGCCGAGAGCAAGCGGGGGCGGGCAAAUCGUACCUGCCGUCCCGAGGUCACAGAACAGGGGACUCGGGAUGCCCUUACCUGCACUGUUCGACUGGCAGCUUAUCGACCUCACACAGGGCACCACACAUAGGACAUAGGAAGGGCCCUGCAUCGGCAAGCUCGGCGUGGCCAGUGAAGUAUGCAGAUAAUACAGGCGAGUGGUGCCAGAAGUUAUGUGUUGGGAGCUCUUUGUGACUUGGAUAUCUCGAUUAUACCCACCAAAGCUGAGCAGACUGAAGUGACGGCGAUGAUUGGAGACUUAGGCAGUUCCCUUGUGGGCAUUUCUUUGGAGCAUUGGUCAUCUCCGUUUCCUAUCGUCCAGGUGGGAUGGACAUGUUGGGGUAGCUGUAUGAGGAGGAGAACGAUUGGAAACAGCAUCAUCAACCGCGUAGGAGAAUUGUCAGGGGGAGAUUAUUCUGAAUGGGGUGGGGUCAUUGUGAAGAUUUCCCCGUUGGAAUGUCGUUGACCAUGCUGUCCUCCUGUCCUGGCAGGACAGCCGUAUAGGAGUUGUGGUGAGAGACGGAAGCCAAGAAGUGGAUGUGGGCUUGUUAAAGUGUUUGAGAGAAUAUUGUGGGGGAAUCCUGGUUUAAUCGAUCGCAAAGUUCGCCACUGCUACUUUCCACCUGUGUUGUGGACGCGAUUGACGACCUUUCAAGAUGCUGGUCGUUUUCGUCGUGGACACCAGUGCCUCCAUGAAUCAACGCGCUUUCAGCGGAUUGUCUCUGCUGGAUUGCGCGAAAUCGGCGGUUGAGCAUUUUCACAAGGUUCGGCAGCGGGAUGUGUCGAGCCGAGUAGACCGUUACAUGCUUGUCACAUGCGAAGAAGGGGACGCAGCUCUGAAAGUGUUGGACAAGUACCCCUUCACGUGCUUUCUGAAGGUUCUGAAGGGGAUUCAGGCGAGGGAUCUAACGAACACUGAGGCCUCGAUGCAGCGAAUCUUUGACUUCUUACAUCUGCAGCGGCUAGCGUUGGGCUGCGAUACGUAUGGCCAGGGUCGGUACGCGUACACAAUCGAUCCAACAAUGAUUAUCCUGCUCACAGAUGGCACAGAGCUGACAUCUAUGGUUGGUGUCUCGAACUCGCUGGUUUUAUCUUCUUCUGGCCCUAAGCCUAUCGGUGCAGAUUUGUCGUCACAGCCGUUUCGCUGGGAUCAGAGAGUGUUUGCUACUGUCCUCAGGAUCCCGGCGGUCAGUUCGCUGCCGUCAGAGCGAAGUGCGACGCUCCCUCACCACCAGGCUUUCUCCGGUUCCCAGUCCCCUGUGCCAUUGGAAUCUACCAUUCAGAGAAUAUGUGAAUAUACAGGUGGAAAGUGUAUCGUAGUCAGCAGCUGGAAGAUGCUCAUGCAGCAGAUCGAAAUGAUGGCUGCGCGACUUCAACCAGGUGUAGUUGCAUCGUUCGAGCACAUCCCGCUCCAAGGCGAUGACCCUCUGCCAGCACAAGUCCAGAUGCUGUGCCAACGCAAGAUCAUGUGCAUAAGUCGUGGGCAGUCGCAAGGGCCGGGGCAUUGGCCGAUCCCGGAAUCGUAUUGGCCUGAUCCGACACAGGCACGCCUUCCGCCGCGGGAUCCGCACCCGGUCAUAGCUUACAAAUCAGUCGAUUCAGAGUCGUUUCCUCACAUCCCGGCUAACUUCCCGUGCGAUAAGUAUGAGAUUGAGCCCACGCCAAUUUUUGGCUUCAUGAGCAAGGCACCAGCGGGUGCAUGCUGGGAUGUCUACAUCCGCAAUAGCAAGGGACCGAACAAUGGAUAUGGCGAUCCGUUUGGCUAUCUGAAGCUGAACAGGGUUGGCAGCACCCUCACGUUAUGGGUGCUCCCAUAUAACUACCCUCAGCUGUGGCAGCUGCUGGACCAGCUGUCUCGGAUGCCUGCAACAGCAAAGCAAUCGCCGCCAUUGUCUUGGAGACAGGAAUUGGAGAGGUAUUGUGCUGGAAUCCCCCCUUAUUAUGCAGGCCCUCUCCGUGCAGCUCUCAAGCGUUCCGGUCUGAGCCCACACAUUGUACCGGAUUCAAUGGAUGCCGGGAUUCUGAAUGGUUAUGUGGCACAGCAGCUGAAACGCAUGAAGGCGCAGGCAAAAUUGGAGGUGGACCGCGAACUCGGCCGGAUGCUUGCAGAUCAACAAGCUGCAUUUGGGAACGUGGGUAGUGGUGCGAUUCCUUCCCGAACAAGUUUGAACAGCAACCAGACUGCCGUCCCUGCGGUGCAGCCUCCACAGGAAAUGCAGCCUGGUUUUGGUUUUACACGCCCGGUGGGCGUACUGGGCGCUCCUACAAAGGACAACACUGCAGGGGCGGCUGGCAGUUCCCCGCUGCCGGCUUCAACAUCUGCGUCAGGGAAUCAAGGAAGCAGUGGCGUGAAUGGCGUAGGAGGUGGCAGUGGCGGGAGUUAUGUCGGUCUCGGUCCUGCUGACAGCAUGUGGGGAGCAGGGGUGGGGCGCAGUGGCGCUGAUGGGCUCGAGCGUUUGGUCAGCACAGGCCCUUCUACAGGGAUGGGAGCGGGAACUCCCGCCGUGUUUGUGUCCGGCCCAGGCCUCGGCGCUGGUGCAGAGUGUGCUGCCGUGGCCGUUGCAAGGGAUUCAGCUCUUAUGAAAGAGGUUGCCGUAUUUCGCAAUGCCUUUGACAUCCCGCGAGACCAAUUGCUGAAGCAGUUGCUGUUCCUGCCAGUACGGGUGGCCAUGGCAUUGGAUGCGAAGCGCAGCAAGCGAGGAGAUGGCGACACCAGCAGGCGAGGCUCAAGGGGUGGCAUAGGUGCGCUCGCAGCUCAGCUGGCUGCACAGCAUGAAGAGGAAGCAAGGCACGCAGUGCCAAUCGAAAAGAUGGGAGACUUCAAUGAAGCUCUGAUGAGACAGCAACCACCACGUAACCCGUUCGUGUUUGCCGAGGACAUGGAGAGGGGCAAGGUCCCAAGGCUCCCGUUUCAAAGCCCCUACCAGCAGGGGCAAGCGGAGGGUCCCGACGAGGCAUGGGAGUCCCUACAGAACCCAUCCAGUCCAAAUCAGAGAGGGAACCGGAAGCGGAAACGGCGACCGGGCUCGCCUGCACCACCCCCACCCCCUGUUUCACCGCCGCCUCCAUGCCAGCAGCCGAAUGCGCCCAGCGGUGUGCCCCCUAAGAAUGUGUCUGCCCCAGAGUCUGCAGUCAGCAGUGGGUCAGAGGGGCAUGCCAUAACUGCUGUCGGGCGAAAGCCCCUGGAAGUCGCCUCUGACGCUCUAUCCAAUCGUGAGCAGUCGGGGUUUGGAAGAGAAAGACCUGGAGAAAGUAGUGCUUGCCCCUCCCAGUUGUCCACAGCACCACAUGAUGCUAUCGAGGAUCAUCCCGCAGGUGGUGGUGAUGAACAGCCACAACUCGCCCAUAGUAACGGGGAUCAUAACAGCAAGGGCAAGACGGCAGUGCGGGAGGAGGGAGUCCGCCCAGUCAUGCCAACGAAAAGGGGCCGGGAAGGAGGAGACGGUUCUUGGCCGGUGCAACCGAACGCCGGCGAUUCCGUACGAGAAGAGCGAGGAUGGGGAGGGUACGAUGUGACGGUACAGCAUGCAUGGAGGGAUCGUGAAGAGGUGGUGGAGUUCCUCCUUAAGAUCAAUAGGGUUCUGAAGGGCCUUCGAGGCAAAGAUUACAACCCCCUCUUCUCCCUUCUCUCUGUCCCUGUGUUCCCUGUUGACAAGGCCAAUUUCGUCAAACAGCUAGUUCUGCAGGCGCAGAGGCACAAGAAGUAUGCUCUGGCUGAAGAGCUUUCGGACUACUUGUCGAAGACGGUUGCUGCUGGUGCCUGACAGACAUGUCGAUGUGUUUUUCGUCGCCGUCUAUACUUCAAAGUUACACAAAUGGAGACGCAUCGAAAUUGGAAGGAACGUCUUCUCGAGAAGGAUUGUCCGCCCAGAACUUUGCAGCAACCUGGAUGUGCUGCGCGUUGACAUCUUGUCCGCUGGGUGGGUCUGUUCUGGCGUGUAGCCUCGAGGUGGCUGGUUCGCUUCUCCCAUUUGAUUUGUGCUGACAAGAGUGACAUAGUCUUGUCUUGUUUUCAGACUUGAGAGUUUUAAAGGUUGUUUACAUUUUCUUUAGAGCCUUUUUUUUUGAAUUUUUUAACCUUUUUUUUUUAAUUUUGUAGUCUUUCAAAUUCCUUUGGAGUUUGAAGAAUGGAGGUUGGUUUUCAAAUAACUGUUGUGUAGAGGAAAAUUUGGCUGUUGGAAGAAGUGGGAGGGGGGUGAGGGGAGGGGGGGAGUGUGGUUGGUUCCACAAGGAAAGUGGGAAGCGGAAUUGGUGGGGGUGUCGGAGACGGCAAAGGGCAGCCUGACUAUUGAAAGGGAUGGGAUAACCACUCUAGCUCUGUCUUAAAUAUAUCUGAUCGCAUUUACCACCGAACCUGGAUGCACCCAACGGCAAAAUACAUCCAUUUGUAAGUAAAAAAGUCCUACUGUGAGUAUGCCCUGAAGGACUAGGGUAUUUGAAAGUGGAGGUGAGAGUAGUUCUUUUGUGUUUCCUGGAGGUGAAGAUUUCUGUGAAUACCAUUUUGGAAAAUUUUAGAGGAUUUUUCGUGCUGAAUGUGCUGCAAAAGCCAGAUGCUACCAUCUUGCCCUGAAUAGGACGGACGGUCACUAUAGCAGUAUUUGGCUCACCUUUCAGUCAAGAUGCAUCGGGAGAGGUUGUUUUCUGUUUCCUUCAGAGGAAUUCUCAUAUUGGUGAUGCUGCAAAAGCCAGAUGUCACAGGCUUCCCCGAAUAGAACAUAUGCGUGUCAUAUGGUCAUUAUAGCCGUAUUUGGUGCACCUUGCAGUCCAAAUGCAGCGAAACUGACCGGUCGUUCUGUUCGCGGGAAGAAGGUAGGUCUGUCAUUGCUUGGCGGCAAUGAUGAACCGAAAUGAUUUUCCUGCAUGUUUUCGGCUCUGUGACUUUGCCAUCUGUCCAAGGUGUAUACAUAUGUGUCCAUAUAUGCACUUUCUUCCCUUUCUCUUCUCUUCUCUUCUGUUCGCCGGGAUCAUGGCGAGUGGGUUGUGCUAGCAGAGAGGACUUUUGCCUUUUUGGUCGCUUUUGGGUGCCUGAGUGGAUGGGCUAAAAAAGAAGCAUAGACGAUUUAUAAUUGAUUUUCAAAUU